AUGGCGAAUUUCAACAGUGCGGCUGUUGAUAUUGAUAUAUUGGAGAAAGAAAUCGCCGCAAAAGAACAUGCUCAUCGAAAUCCUCCGGCUGAGCUUUCUGGGAAUAUAGAUGGCAUGAGAGAUCCGUCGAGAGCACGCCCCUUGCAGGAGGUCAGCUUGGAUGGUGAUUUGGAUACUCUGGACGAACCUGUGUGGGACACCGUUAGCCGUGACCUGCGAACAGUUGGCAUGAAAUUCGGUCACGUUAUUUUCCCAAAAUCUGAUCGGCAACAGCUAUUGAAGGAUUGGGAUUUGUGGGGACCACUUUUUAUAUGUGUCGGUCUCUCACUCCUUCUUCAACAUAAUGCCCCUGAUGGAUCUGCUCCACAGUUUACACAAGUGUUUGCCAUCACAUUUUUCGGCUCAGUGAUUGUCACCAUAAACAUUAAAUUGCUGGGAGGCCAGAUAUCAUUUUUCCAAUCGUUGUGUGUUAUUGGAUACUGUCUGCUACCUCCAUUCGUAGCAGCAAUAGUGUGUUCUCUCCUUCUUCAUGGUCGUUUAUUCAUCCUCCGGCUACUAAUUACAGCUAUUGGGUUCUCAUGGUCAACCUACGGUUUGUAUUUUUCGUUUCUGUUUAUAUACUAA